AUGUUAGCAUGGUUUGGUCUUGGGGACACCGACGAGCAGGUCGCUAUAAAUCCGGGCAAUUCUGAAGUAUCUCUGCAAGAGGGGUCAGCUGCUGCCAUCAGUGACGGUGAAGCAGUUGAAGUUAUAUCGGUCCACGAGUCCCAAGGGGAGCUUGCUGACGAUGAACAUCCUGUAUCGGAAUAUGGGAAGGCUUCCUCUUGGGGUAUAUCAAGUGAUGGAUCUCCGGUCAUUCAAGCGGCUGUGCCGUCCGAGGACCCACCGCGGCGGAGCGUAGUUCCACCUUUGAGACUAGACAAAUUGAAUAGUUUCGAGGUAGAGCCCAUCACCUCCUACUCGCCGACACCCGAAGCCUCUGCUGGGCUUGCUGGCGCACUCGUUGGAUGGUUCAACACUGGCGAAGAUGUGGAAGUUAACCCACCAGGGGACACCACUAAAGACGACUCUUUAUCCGGGGGGAGCAGUGAGACGGAAGGCUAUUGGCAAGAGGAUCGCAGGGGUGAGGGAGUUGGUUCGGGGGAGGGACACGAUUCCAGAGAAGAGCAUCUUCGCGAAGGAGAACUCCUUGGUGACAACGCAGAGAAUCUUGGGGGAGGAGAGCUUGACAAUGAGGACCGGAAUACAGGAGAAAAGUUCACUGAAGAAGAGUAUCAAGAGGGAGAAGGGCUUGUCGAAGAUGGACAGUACCAAGAGGGAGAAGGGCUUGUUGAAGAUGGACAGUACCAAGAGGGAGAAGGGCUUGUUGAAGAUGGACAGUACCAAGAGGGAGAAGGGCUUGUUGAAGAUGGACAGUACCAAGAGGGAGAAGAGCCUGUUAGCUUUACUACCGAUGAUCAUGCUGGUUCUGAGAUAGAACUUGAAGUGAGCUCGACUGUUGGGGAUGAGGCUGAAAGUGAAGCUGAAGCACCGGCAUACGAGACGACCGCCACCACACAGGAUUGGGUACCAAGCCUGGAAGCGGUGGGAGCGGCUGCACGAAAAUCCCUGCAGAGGCUAUCGGUUAUGGUUUCGCGAGAUGGAGCCUCAUCAGAGGGCGAUGUUGAUUUCUAUCGGGAAGUUGAACUGGAGGAUGACGAUGACGAAGAAUCGGACGGGUCGGAAGCAACGGGUUUCGAGACGGACGAAGAAGAUGAGCAGCGGCGUGGGUCUCAAGACGAUCUCCGUCCGGACUCAUUGGAGCGUCAGCCUGUCAUAGAGCCGCUUACCUCCAAUGGGACCUCUUUGGUGGGGCGAGAAGACGUACAGCAGGCUCCCUGGGAGGUGAAGGACGCAGUUCUCGACGAGGAGGUACCAUCGUCAUCAUCAAAUGGGGCCUCGGCGAUGAGUGGCGAGGAGGUGGUCAUGACUGUGGACAGCUCCGAACAGGAGGCAAUGAUGGUGGAUCGCAGAGGAGACCAUCCAGAGGAUACCGUAGCGGCAACUGAGCAUCUGAAGGGGAUGGAAAUCGACAACUCUAGAGAAGCAGCGAGCAUGGUAGAGCAAUAUCAGGAGCCCCUACAGAAAGGAGGUCGUCUCCUAGAGGAGCUGCUGUUAACUCGCUAG